AUGGCGCAUGAAGACGCCAACCAGCCCGCCAAAAGAAUAAAACUAUCGUCCACGGACACAGCCCAGGCGGGACAUACAUCAACUGCCCCUUCAGCAUCGCUCUUGGCAUCUCUCCACCGACCCAUCAGUCCGCCCUUGCCGUCUUCAACGUCAUCGUCAUCCCAAACGCCAAACCCCAACCAACCGCUCAAUUCACUCCCAACUACAUCCAAACCAAAGUUACUCUCAUCGCCUUUCCAACUCACCCAUAUCCGUGAUUUGGGGUCAUCCUCCGCCAACAAUGUCGACACUGUCCGGUUGCGUGAUCUUCUCGGGGAUCCUAUGAUCCGCGAAUGCUGGCAGUUCAAUUACCUCUUCGAUGUCGAUUUCCUGAUGCAGCAGUUUGACGAGGAUGUUAGGGCCUUGGUGGAUGUGAAGGUCGUGCAUGGCUCGUGGAAGAGGGAGGCGCCGAAUCGAGUGCGCGUUGAUGAAGCAUGCUCGCGAUAUCCUAACGUCGAGCCUAUCGUGGCGUAUAUGCCUGAGGCGUUCGGGACGCAUCAUUCCAAGAUGAUGAUCUUGUUGAGACACGAUGAUCUUGCUCAAGUAAUCAUCCAUACGGCCAACAUGAUCCCCGGAGACUGGGAAAACAUGUGUCAGGCCGUCUGGAGCUCUCCUCUUCUUCCGCUGCAGACGCAGACGCAGACGCAAAACGGAGCCGAAGAAGCAUCGACGACCCUUGGCACUGGAUCGCGCUUUAAGCGCGACCUUCUCGCCUAUUUGAGUGAGUACGGGCCGAAGAAGACAGGUCGUCUGGUGGACCAGCUGCGCAAGUUUGAUUUCGGCUCUGUGCGAGCAGCGUUGGUGGCGAGUGUUCCGUCGAAGCAGAAAUUUGGGGGACUGGAUUCUAGUAGGAAAACCGUUUGGGGAUGGCCGGCUUUGAGAGAUGUAUUGGGGAGUGUGCCGAUUCAGACGGAAAUAAAUCAGGAUAAGACACCACAUGUUGUUUGUCAGAUGUCUUCCAUCGCAUCGCUCGGACAAACAGACAAAUGGCUAAAAGACGUCUUCUUCCGAUCCCUGUCUCUAAUCAAAAGCAACGGAACAGGACGGAAGAGCAACGCACCCAAAUACUCCAUCAUCUUCCCCACCGCUGACGAGAUCCGUCGCUCCCUGAACGGCUACGGAUCCGGUGGCUCUAUCCACAUGAAGAUCCAGAGUGUCGCGCAGCAGAAGCAGCUGCAAUACAUGCGGCCGUACCUACGCCAUUGGGCCGGAGAUGCUGCCUCAGGCUCGGCUGCUGCACGAGAACGAGAACGAGAUGCAGGCCGUCGUCGCGCAGCGCCACACAUUAAGACUUACAUUCGGUUCUCGAAUCAAGAGAUGAACUCGAUUGAUUGGGCGAUGUUGACCUCAGCGAAUCUCUCGACGCAGGCAUGGGGCGCCGGUGUCAAUGCCAACGACGAAGUACGUAUAUGUAGCUGGGAGAUUGGGGUGGUUGUCUGGCCAGACUUGUUUGCCGAGGAUGCGGACCGAGCAAACGGAUCGGUGAUGGUACCGUGCUUCAAGACAGAUGUCCCCGAGAGCAGAGAGGAGGACGAGGGAGGGAAGGCAUCGGUCAGAGUAGGACUUCGGAUGCCAUACGGUCUGCCUCUGGUCGACUACGCAGCCGACGAGAAACCCUGGUGUGCGACAGCCAGUCAUAGUGAGCCGGACUGGAUGGGCCAGACGUGGAUGGAUGAUCCUCAGUAG